AGGGGGGUGGUGGUGGAAGGAGGCGCGGCUCGGGGGGCUUCGCCAUCGUCCCCCCUCGUCCCUCCGCCCCGCUGGGGGCCGCAGGAGGAGGAGGAGGAGGAGGAGGAGGGAGGCAGCGGACCCCGGGCGGGCGUGUGCGGGGCAGCGGCGGAGGCGGCGCCAGCGGCGGGCAGGGGGGCGGAGCGGCGGAGGCUGCGCAGCUGCCGGCGCCCUUUAAGCCGCGCCGCCCGCCCGCCCGCCCCGGUGUCUGUGCCGCCGCCGAGCCGCGCGGGCAGGAGCCGCCGUUGGGGACGCGCCUUCCUCUUCCUCCUCCUCCUCCUCAUCUUCCUCCCUUCUCCGCGCACCGCCGCCCCUCUUCCUCCCCGCUCCCCCUCCGCAUCCCCGCUCCUCCUCUUCAUCCUCUUCCUCCUCCUCCUCCUCGCGCCGCCGCCGAGCCCUGCGAUGCCCCGCUAUGAACUGGCUUUGAUCCUGAAAGCCAUGCAACGGCAGGUAGCCUGCAGUUUGAAAAGGACAGACAACACGCUCGAGGGGUUGAAUGUUGUACAGGCCUGCUCAAGGUGUGAAAUCGCGGAGAGAUCAGGUGUUGAGCCUGGCAGUCUGGAUUUCUCCUGUGAUAAUUGCCUGAGCACCACGAAGGCUUCUGCAACUGAAGCAUGCACAGCAGGAGAAGAGUUGAAUGGCAGAUCCUGUUGCUUUCCAAGUCCUGAGACCGCAGCUGUGCUGAAGCGCACUGUUGAGGCUCUCAUGGAGAAUGGAGCUGUUGUGAGGAACCUCGAAAACCUGGGAGAAAGGGCUCUGCCAUACAAAAUCUCCAAGCACAAGCAGCGCCACAGAAGAGGAGGGUAUUUUUUGGUAGACUUAGAGGCCCCACCUUCGAUUGUAUCGACCAUGAUGGAUCAUUUAGGACGUGAUAUUGAUGUAAUUAGACGUGCUUUUAUAAAACAUCCCGUGUCAAAGACAGAAGAAUGCAGUGGCAUAGUCCCAGUCAGCUUUGAAGACAAACUAACUGCCAAGAAGAAAUGAAUCUUUUUAAAUUGCAUGUUUGAAACUUUUAGAAGAUUUUUUUUAGUCCUGCUUUUGAAUACAAUUGUGAUAACUAAUGUCCAUCAAAAAUUAUCAAUUUUAGCCAUAUUAUGUUUGGUAUAGUACACUAUCUUAAGUUAUUGUAACAUUUGAGGUUUCUUUUUUGUUUAAAAUAACUUGAGUAGACUUAAUCUGUUUGCUUAUUUUGAUAUACAACUCUGAAAAUUGAUUUUCUUUUCCCUUAGAGCAUUACAUUGAUAAGAUUUAUCCAUCAUCAGAAUGCUCAAAAUAGCAUUCUUUUCCAAAGACAGAUUACUUAAGAAUGUAUAUUUACAUAAGAGAUUAAGAAGCCUACGGUGUAAUAUAGCAGUAUAGUAUGUGAUCUGUUUGAGGAUUUUUCUGCUUGCUUUUGGAAAAAAGGUAAUAAAAGUGUGCUUAAAAAUAAAA